CUGGUGAGAUAGCGUUAGCGGUAGUGGCCAACUGAGGAUAUGGUGUGGCGAUGAUGGUGGUGUUGCUGUUGUUGGCGGUGGUGGUAAUAGUGAUAGUAGUAACAGCAGCAGCAGCGACAGCAGCAGCAGCAGUAGUAGCAGCAGCAGCAGCAGCAGUCGAAAAGAGAAAGAAAGGAGGUCUUCCGUUCCGGCAUAAUAGUCGUGUGUGCGAGUUGGCAGUUGCGCGAGAGAAUCAUAGAAAAUCGUCGUGACCAUAUUUUUCUGACAUUUUCGUUUCGAUUUGGAAAGUAGAAGGGGGGAAAGAGAAAAGAAAGAAAGAAAAAAAAGGAAGCAAAACAAAACAAAACAAAAGAAAGGAAAAAAGGGGCAAGAGAGAAAGGAGAGAAAAAAAAAGAGACAGAAAAGAAAAAAAGACAAAAAAAGAACGGAUCCUCCCCCGUGAAUCGAACGGCAACACACCUCUUUUAACCUUUUCCAAAGGUUCGAUAUCCAUUUCCCCUUCUAUAUAUCUCUUUCUCUCUCUCUCUCUAUCUCUCUCUCUCUCUCUCUGUCUCUCUCUCUCUCUAUCUCUCUCUCUCUCUUUGUCGUGUGUGUGUCUACCUGGCACCCUCCUACGGUCGCCGAAUUACGGGUGAAGAAAAAAAAAAGAAAAAAAAAGGGUUCUUUUGAUUCUCGUUAUUGUCAUCGUAUAUAUUUCGACAUAGUGAUCGAUAAAAACGUUUAAUUGAGAUUUUACCUCACCUAACGAGGAAAAGAAAAAAAAAGAAAAUAUAUAUAUAUAUAUAUAUAUACACAUACAUACAUACAUAUACACACACAUAAUAUAUAUAUAUAAAAAAUCAGGAUGAAUGAAGAAUACGACGCGAUUGUACUUGGAACUGGACUGAAGGAAUGCAUCCUAUCCGGUAUGUUAUCGGUUAGUGGGAAAAAGGUACUCCACGUAGAUCGCAACAAGUAUUAUGGUGGUGAAUCGGCCUCUAUAACGCCAUUGGAAGAUCUAUUCGCGAAAUUCAAGGCACCACCGCCAGAUGAAAGUUAUGGACGUGGUAGAGAUUGGAACGUUGACCUUAUACCUAAAUUCUUGAUGGCCAAUGGUCUCCUCGUUAAAUUAUUGAUUCAUACUGGUGUUACACGUUAUUUGGAAUUUAAAUCGGUAGAAGGAUCUUACGUUUACAAGUCCGGUAAGAUCUCGAAGGUGCCAAUCGAUCAGCAAGAAGCAUUGUCCAGUGAUCUUAUGGGUAUAUUUGAGAAAAGACGAUUCCGCAACUUUCUUGUAUGGGUACAGAACAUGAAGGAGGAUGAUCCAAAAACCUGGGAAGGAUUUGAUCCAUUUAAUAAUAAUAUGAGCGCGCUUUAUAAUAAAUUUAGCCUUGAUAAAAAUACUCAAGACUUUACGGGUCAUGCAUUAGCUCUGUACAGGGAUGACGAUUACAUAAGUCAAAGUGCGAUAACUACCAUAAGGAGAAUCAAAUUGUAUAGCGAUAGUUUAGCACGUUAUGGUAAAUCUCCGUAUUUGUAUCCCAUGUAUGGCCUCGGUGAACUACCUCAAGGUUUCGCACGACUUAGCGCCAUUUAUGGUGGUACGUACAUGUUGGAUAAACCUAUCGAUGAAAUCGUCAUGAAGGACGGUAAGGUCGCCGGUGUACGUUCUGGAGACGAAGUAGCUCAAUGUAAACAAGUAUUUUGUGAUCCUACCUAUGUACCUGAACGUGUGAAGAAAGUUGGUCAAGUAAUAAGAUGUAUCUGCCUUUUGGAUCAUCCGAUACCAAGUACGGGUGAUGGUCUUUCAACCCAGAUUAUUAUUCCGCAGAAACAGGUUAAUCGUAAUUCUGAUAUUUAUGUAUCCCUGGUAUCGCAUACUCAUCAAGUAGCUGCCAAAGGAUGGUUCAUAGCUAUGGUUUCAACAACGGUUGAAACAAAAUAUCCCGAACAGGAGAUACAACCUGGAUUAGAUUUACUUGGGCCAAUAAGACAAAAAUUUAUUUCUAUAUCGGAUUAUAUGGAACCUACCGACGACGGCUGCGAUAGUCAAAUUUUCAUUUCAAGGAGUUACGACGCGACGACGCAUUUUGAGACAACAUGCUUGGACGUACUUGAUAUUUUCAAACGUGCGACAGGCGAGGAAUUUGAUUUCAACAAAGUUAAACAGGAACUAGGUGACGAGGAUCAGUAACCGUAAUGUUAUUGUGCGUUGUGUGAUUUGUCCAUUAAUCGAAGAAAAGAAAAGGAAAAAAAAAAAAAAAAAAAAAAAUUAAACUAUCAAAGUCUAAGUAAUCUAAUCGGACAUUUAACUACCGACUGUGUCGGUCCAUCGGGGUUUCUUUAUUGCAGAUACAUAUUGAGCAUGUAAUACUGUAAUAAGACAGAGCCCUUUAUUUUCAUUUUUUCAAUUGUCUCUUUGACAGAGAACAAAUUUUUUUUUUUUUUCUUUUUUCUUUUUUUUGUCAAUUUUUCUUACUUUUUUUGGGGGGUGAGGGAGGGGGGCUUCAAUUUUUCUUCU